AUGGGACACGGUACUGUACACGUGUGUCCCAAUUGUUUAAAAACGUACUCUCACAAACGUAGUUUGGAUAGACACACGAAAUACGAGUGCAGUUGUAAGAGACAGUUCCAAUGUCCUCAGUGCAAUAAAAGUUUUUCACAGAGAGGAACUCUGUUCAAACAUCAGGUUUCUAUUCACAAGACGUCUCCGAGCGGACAAAAGAAAAAGUACUCGUCAAAUGGAGCGAGUCACAUAGAAAAUUGGCACGAAAUUGUAAAAGUUGGAGGUAUGUACUCAUGCAAACGUUGCUCAAAAACGUAUUCCUAUGUGGGCAAUUUGCGCAGACACCUCAAGCACGAAUGCCGCUACUUGAAAGAGUUUAGGUGUCUGGAAUGUGGUGAAAUUUUCACCACUAUAAGUUCUUUGAAGGACCAUCGAGUCAACGUUCACCUCACACAACUUGAACUGGAUGAACAAUCAAAUAGGAACAUAAAGGAAAUGUAUGAAGAUUAUUAUUAUGAUCCAUAAGUAAUAGGUCAUAGCAAAUAAACUUUUAGUCACGUGACUAAGCUUGACCAGUGUUGCACAGUGUUGCCCACUUUUACAUAUUUUCUUUUAAUCAAAAUAUUUUAGUAAACAAAAAUAUAUUAAUUAUAAAUCUACAAACAGUUGUGAUUUACAUCAUCAAAAUGCAACUAAAAAUUUAAUUGAUAUCGCUUACACAGGGCCGCUAUUAUACAGGGUCGCUAUAGUAUGGAAACGGUCGAUUAUUAGCAAAAUUACAGUAUCAGCAAAAAAUAAUCAAACAACGAAUACAUACCAUAUAUUUUUCUUUUAUAGGUGCGUAUUCAUUGUCCG